AUGGUAUCUACGAAGCGUUCGAUCCGUAUCGCCGGCGUGUCCGGCGGCGUUUUUGACCGAUUCCGGGCUAUUGAGGACUUCGCAAAAGAUCCUACGAUCGAUGUCAUCUUCGGCGACUGGAUAAGUGAGGUCAGCAUGACCCUUCGCGGUGCACAGAAGCUAGAAGGCACCAAGUCUGGGAUGUCUACCGAGGCAUACGAACAGUCGUUCAUCACCAUGUUGUCUCCCGGCGUCCAAAACAUAGCCAAGCACGGCCAAAAAGUCGCUGUCAAUGCAGGGGCCUGCGACGCAGAAGCUAUGGCCAAGCGGAUUCAGCAGCUUUGCAAGAACAAAGGUACCGAGCUUAGGGUCUCUUGGGUGACCGGCGACAACGUCACGGACCAGUUCCAGAAGUUGCUGCAAAGCGGUGAAAAGUUUCUGUCGUUGCCGGCCGACACGCCGAUCCAGGACUGGGGUGCGGAGCCUAUCUUUGCCCAGGCCUACUUGGGUGGUAUAGGGAUUGCGGAGGCUCUGCGCCGUGGCGCCGACAUUGUCAUCUGUGGCCGUGUGUCUGACGCCUCACCUGUCAUCGGUGCUGCCAUGUGGUGGCACAACUGGGCGCGAGAUGAUUUUACGAAAUUGGCCAACGCCCUUGUGGCCGGCCAUCUCAUCGAGUGCAGCUCUUGUAAGACAGACAUCACUGGUGGUGCCUACACCGGUUUUAAAAAGGAACUUCUCCACUCAGGCAACAAUUUCACAAACCUGGGUUUCCCCAUUGCUGAAAUUUCUGCCGACGGGCAGGUGGUCAUCACCAAGGAGCAAAACACUGGCGGCCUGGUUACUACCGACACGGUGACGGCACAGUUGCUCUACGAAAUCCAGGGACCUUUGUACUACAACUCGGACGUCACAGCCUGCCUUGACAAAAUCAGCCUGGUGCAGGAGUCGGCGGACCGUGUGCGCAUCGAGGGCGUCCAGGGCCUUCCACCGCCGCCUACGACGAAGAUCGGCAUCACAGCGCAAGGUGGCUGGCAAGCAGAGUUCCACUACUUUUUGACAGGCCUGGAUAUCAACGAAAAGGUACAGAUGAUCGAGGCACAGACGAUUGCAUCGAUGGGAGAUUACCGCAAGGAAUUUAUUACAUUGAGCUUCAAUGUGACGGGCAGUGUGGCGGAGAAUCCGCGAUCACUGAGCGAGGCCACCGUCGAACUUCGCAUCUUUGCUCAGACCCGCAACCCGGACAUGGUGUCGGCCGGCAAGAACAAGGGAAUCUCGCCCGACCACCCCACAUUUGCCAAGUUUUGUAUCGAAAACUGUUUGCAAGGAUAUCCGGGUGGCACGCCAGGCACAGACAUGCGUCAGGCUGUUGGGAAGCCCUUUUUUGAAUAUUGGGUGUCCCUCUUCCCGCAGAGCGAGAUUGAGCACCUUGUCUGGACACAUGAUGGUCAAUGUUUCCCGGUCGGCGCACCUCCCAUUGUGCGAGAGUACCCUCGCCGACAGGCCAGCUACGAGACAGAGUCGCCCGUGGCGCUGUCGGCCUGGGGACCGACGCAAAUGGCACCACUGGGAUCUAUUGUUCACGCACGGUCUGGCGACAAAAGCUCCGACUGCAAUGUCGGUUUCUGGGCGCGUGAUAAUGAAGAAUGGGACUGGCUACGGUCAUUCUUGACGGUGAAGGAAGUGCGGAACCUGCUUGACAAGGAAUACAAUGGUGGUGCAGUGGAUCGAUUUGAAAUACAGGGUGUUCGCGCUGUGCAUUUCCUGCUGCGGGACCACCUUGACCGCGGUGUAAACUCGUCAAGCAGCUACGAUGUUCUUGGCAAACUGGUGGCCGAGUAUCUUCGGUGCAAGCCGGUUGCCAUCCCCAGUAAGUUCUUGGAGAAGGGAACGAUCUAG